GACCGCCAUAAAGUUUCGGCUGCCAAACAAAUAGCAAGCAAUUUUUUUUAUUAGCUUUAAACAUAUUUGUUUUUAGCAUUAACAAAUGACGAGCACAUAGAUUUUCUAACGGCAUUAACAAUUAAAUAGGCUAUGGCUACAUGUGUGCUUUGCUUUGAACGCUGCAAGAACGGACAGUCCUAUAAGAUAUUUUCCGAAACAGGUUUGCGGCUGAAUAUUUGCAAAACAAUAAACAAACAUUUCUGGCUUGAAUUAAACAGUGUAACUGGGAGCAGUGAGGAGAUCUGCAAUCAAUGCUGGGAGUGUGUGAACACCUUCAAUGUUUUCUACCAACGCGUCUAUCAUGUGCAUCAAGAACGGCGUGAGUUCAAAGAUGUGCCCAUUGAGUUCUGCGUGGAAACUGUGGCGGCUUCCAAUCCUCUGGCACUUGCCACCGAAUUGGAUGCACUCGACGAAGCAUUUUUUGCCACGGAUAAUGUUAAAGUCGAGGUAAACGAGUUAGAACCAUUGCCCAAGCUCGAAAUUUUGGAAGAGCCAGCGCCCCAACCAACAAAAGGCACUAAACGAGCUACAGCCGCUGCCGCUGAAACGCCGGCAGCAGCCAAGCGACGCAUCAAACGCGAGAAGGUAACGCUUGCCAGCGACUCCGAUGGCGACAUUCCACUAGCCGAGUUCCUGGACAUCAAGCACAAUGGCAAAGCGGAGCAGAAAGAGACGCCAACCCAGGGCAGACAGUUGCGUCGUAGUGCUCGUCGUGGUCGCCCACCGAAAAAACCGAGAACACCGUCACCAGAAUCACCGCCACCAGCCACCGAAGCAUCUCUGAAAAAAGAAUUGCAUUCAGAUGAUGACCUAGAUGAUGACAUGGAUGACAGGGAUGAUGAUAGGGAGUUUGUGCCAGCUGAAGCUGUGCUGGGAACCGAUGAUAGCGAAAGUUCCAGUGAGAGUAGCGACGGCGGCGGCUCCGGCGACAGUUUACCGGACUUUGUGCCCGAGGAGCGUUACGCUGAGAUUCCCAAACGCGUUGUGGUCAAACCCAAGAAGUAUCGCAAACGUCCCAAGCCCUUGGUUCCGCCGGUGCGCAUGAGUCGGGAAGAGAUCGAGCGACGCAAGGAAGAACAAAACAAAUUCGAUGAGAUUAUAUGUGAUUUCUUCAAGAAAUUACAAUGUCACAUCUGCAACGAGUUAGUGCACAACUUUGGAGACAUGCGACGCCAUCAACGCAUGUCCCAUAACAUUGAAAGUGGAUUCAUCUCAUGCUGUGGCCGCAAGUUUCACAUGCGUCGCGGUUUAGCCGAGCACGUGUUAGUCCAUAAAAAUCCCGAUCACUUUACGUGUAAGCAGUGCAAUCGUGCAUUCCUGGACUCCAGAUCUCUAGAGGCGCACGAGCUGACGCACACGGAUCCCAAGGAGAAGGAGAAGCGCACCUAUACGUGCGACAAAUGUCCCAAGAUCUUUACCACAAAGGCGGCUGCGGAAUAUCAUAAUGCAUCCAAGCAUGUGGAUAAGUCGGACUUCAAAUACACCUGUCCUGAGUGCAACAAGAAGGUGCCCACGGAACGCAAGCUGAAGCAGCAUUUGCGUUACAUGCACGAUCCGGAGAAGGCCAUUAUCUGUGACAAGUGCGGUAAGACUUUGCGCUCCCGAGCGAAUCUCAAGAAGCACAAUGAGCUCGAGCAUUCCGACAAGCCUCGUCCCAAACCGGAGCCAGUGCAAUGUGAGAUUUGCGGCACUUGGUUGCGUCAUGUUUCCGGUCUUAAGCAGCACAUGAGCACGGUACACGAACCGCCUGGAAACCAUCGUUGUCACAUUUGCGACAAGACAUCAGUUAAUGCCCGCGCACUGAAACGGCACAUUUACCACAACCAUCAAUGCGAGCGCAAAUUCCGCUGCACGAUGUGCGAGAAAGCAUUCAAGAGGCCACAGGAUUUACGAGAACACACAUCCACGCACACGGGCGAGGUUCUUUACACUUGUCCGAACUGUCCGCAGACAUUCUUCUCGAAUGCAAACAUGUACAAGCAUCGCCAACGUUUGCAUCGCGCCGAAUGGGAGGCGGAUCGCAAGAAACCGCUGCCACCUAACAUUAUGCAACAAUCAAGUAACAAGAAACGCCCGUCAACUACAAAUGCUACACCCGGCGCAUUAUUUGCUCAAGUCGUUGAGGCUGCGGCGAGUUCCAACAAGCAGUAGCAUCUGUGGAGUUAGUAUUAAAUAUUUAUGGUAGCAUAGGAUAAAA